AUACUACAAUCUGCCGGGAUUACACCAAUUAUUGACGGUGCAUUAGGUUUGGGUAAUAAUACAGCUAUUGCAUCUCAAUUUUAUAAUAAUACAAAUGAAAUUGUGGUCCUUUCUUUCAUUAGGAUAGUAUUGUAUACAAACUUAAAAGUGUUAACACAUAUGUAAAGAUAAACUAAAUCAUGCAUCUAUUACAUUAGAAUAAAUCAUUAAGACUCAUAACUUCUUUUAUUAUUAAUAGAUUAUAUUUUACGUAUUAAUCUGAAAAUAAAAGUAUGGAUAAAUAAAAAUCUAUCUACUUGUAUAAGUGUAAAAUGGACAGUGUACGCUUCGAUCUAAUAAAAGAAAUAAAACAAUUGUUGCAUUUUUAAUAGUAAAAUUUAAUCACCUUGCAAAUAAAAGAUCAUAGAAUUUUGUAUGCAAUUGCCUGAGGUACAGCCGUAUAACCUGUAGUGCAAAUGAAACAUUUCGAAACCCGCAGAGUCGUGAUGAAUCUUAAAAUUCGUUUCAAUGUCAACAAAAAUAAAAAGGUUUUGAUAUUAAAUAAAAGUCAUUGAAAAGAUGUUUCGUAAAUAAUGGAUAUUCGAAAAGAGUUUUCAUCAUUCGAUCCCAGAUGCGAAAAUUCUGUAACGAAGUUACACGAUAUUUGUAAUUGGGAUCAACUCGACGACGUAGCAAUAGAAUAUCACGAUCUACAAGAAAAUAUUUACAUACAGUACAGAGAGCUUCAUGUUACAAAAAAUAUUAUUUCCGAUUACUUGAAAUCUCUACGAAAUACAGAAUUUAUUGGUAUAGACUAUGAUAUCCCUGAAUACUGUGUGAUUCCUCUAAUUGUCGGGAUCUUGAAUAGCGAGCACAGUUUUGUAAAUUUACCUUCCAGCACAACAGAGUCGAUGAAUUUAAAAUAUGAUUUAAAUAUACAGUAUUUAUUUUGUAAGAAUGUAAAUAUUAAAGGAGAGGUAGUGUAUCAAUUCACGGUUCACAGCGAAUGUAUUUACCUCAUCAAAUUGAAAAAUGUUAAGAAACAAGUUACAGGAAGCGAUGAACAAAAUAGUUAUGCUUAUGCAAUUUCUACUUCUGGUUCAACGGGAACACCAAAGACAGUCAGAGUGCUUCACUCUUGCAUAGUUCCAAAUAUCUUAGAUUUAAGUAGGAUACUGUCAAUUACAAAAUUUGACAAAGUCUGCCAAUUUACGAAUUUCACAUUUGACCCGAGCGUCAUUGAAAUAUUUUUAGCUCUUUCAAAAGCAGCGAGAUUGUUUAUGGUUUCGAAAGACUUGAAAAACAAUCCUAACAGACUCUUGAGAGAGGCUUACUCAAGUCAGAUUACUGUAUUGCAAGUAACACCGUCAGUUUUUAUGUAUAACUGGCCAUCUGAAUGUUUGAGAACUACUAUUUUAAGUAAUAACACGUCGCUGAGAGUCAUACUUUUUGGAGGAGAACCUUUUCCUAAACUAGAAUUAUUUUCUCAAGCCAGGCAGCCUUGUAAUACCACGAAAAUUUAUAACAUUUACGGUAUCACUGAGGUAUCCUGCUGGGCUAGUAUUACUGAAGUUGAAUUAACAAAUGAACAGUCUGAUCCUCAUUAUUUGGGACAAGUAUUAUCAGGCACCUUAUUUCAAGUUAGGAAUGAAAUUGGAGAAGUAAUAACGAAGGGUGUAGGCUCUCUGUACAUAGGAAGCGAUCAAAGGAUAUGCCUGAUGAACGAUGAAGAUAUUAAAGAUUUAGAAUUACCAGUAUUUCGAGAUUCUGGGGAUUUAGUUAGUAUCGAUGGAGAAGGAAGGAUAUUUUAUAAAGGGAGAAGGAACAACAUUGUAAAGAGAUUUGGGAAUAAAGUUGACUUAACAGAGAUUGAACGAUCUGUUUUACAAAUAGACUUCAUAAAAAGUUGCUAUGUAAUAUGGGAUCAUAAUUGCCAUCGUUUGCACUUAUGUUUCUCUGCGAAAGACAGGACAAGUAUCGGGAAUGAUCAGAAUCUUGGUACCGAGAUCAUGAGACGUUUGAACAAAUUGGAUCCUCUAUACAGACCGGAUAAAAUUCAUUUUUUGGAUCAUGUUGAAUUAACAUCUAGCUCGAAAAUUUCCUUAGACUUUUUACAAAAGCAAGUAACGAAAGAUGUAGACAAUGUCGAUUUCCAAAGGAUUGAAAGCACUUUCAAAUCUAUUUGGGAAAAUAAUCUGCAACGAGGGAAUAGCAGUUUCAUAAAAUUGGGAGGUACGUCUGUGGUAGCACUCCAGUUAUCAAACGCUAUGUCAGAUAUGCUUCAAAUGGAAUUUCCUCGAUUAAUAAGCAUGCUCUUAACGGAUGCUUCUAUCGAUGAAUCUCUAAGCUACAUAAAAGGAGUUGUAUUAAGUAGAAAUGAUAAUUUUUAUAACACUGGGGAAAAGCCUUCGACUACUAUUAUUACUAUAGAAGAUACAGACAUUUCGAGAGACUUUCAUACAAACGAACAAGAUGAUAAUUCAAACAUUUCAUCCAGUGAGAUUUACAAUUGCCGAUGGUACAAGUGUAGAGGGCAAUUGUAUACUAAUGCAUGUAGUAUCAAUGAGAAACAUGAGUUACAGUACGACGAAAUUACGAGAGUCAAAGUCAUAAAAAAGUAUGAUACAGAAAAAUGUGUAGACGCAUCACCGACGGUGUUUCACUAUUCCGAUGGGAAAACGUAUGCAACGGUUGGUUCUCAUUCCGGUCUUAUUUUCACCUUUGAAUUAGGAAGUGAUUUUAAUUCUGCAUUUAGAAUCAAACUACCUGAUAGAAUUGAAUCUUCAGUUUUGGUUCUGGAUGAUUUCAGGGGAGUAGUAGGAUGCUACGACUGCAAUAUAUACUGUCUUAAUUUGAAAACGGGGGAAACUAUUUGGGUUCAUCGCACAGGCAACGUGGUAAAAGGAUCUGCAGUUCUUUGCAAUGAGAAAGGAAUUCUAUUCAUUGGUUCCUAUGAUUGUUAUAUAUAUUGCUUAUCCGUGAAGGAUGGAUCUGAAGUUUGGAAAUUAAAAUCUGGUAAUGGAAGCAUUUACGCCACUGGCUGCUUGCACUAUCCAUCCGAUACUGUAUUAUUUGGGACACUAGACGGAUCGUGUUUAGCUCUCCAGCAAUCGACAGGAAAACUUGUUUGGAAGUACAAAUUAUCAGACCCAAUUUUUGUAGCCCCUCUAUGGCUGAACGGUGGUCUUGUUUUAUUCUGUUCCGUAACAGGCUUAUUAUGUUGCUUCGAUAUCGAAGUUAACGUCAAGAUGUGGACGUACAAAAUUAAUGGAAAUGUAUUCUCAUACCUCGUGAAACAAAUUGACACUGCUAGGGAACAUGAGACUGUUAUAAUAACCAGUCAGAAUAAAAGUGUAUACUGUCUACAAUCGGAGGAUACAAAUUUCAAGACCGAGCCUACAUUGAAAUAUGUGUUAAAUUUCCAUUCACCAAUCUUCGCUACCCCCUGGUGCGAGGAUAACUUUCUUUUGAUAGCAUGCACAGACGGGACUUUAAAUAUUUACGACUUUAAGAAAAACAGACUAAUGAAAAUUGAGGAACUCCCGGGGAAAGUGUUCUCAUCACCUGUUAUUGAUCGUGAUAACGUUAUCAUUGGAUGCAGAGACAAUUAUAUUUAUGUCUUAGAACUAAUUUAAAUUACUAUCGAUGAGUAAACGUUCGAAUAUUAUUUUCGUCAUGAGACAAAAAUACAAACUGAUGAAAUUAG